ACUUUGUAUAGUAAAGGAGAUUAUCAGAGACUGCGGACAUAGUACAGGAGAUGACCAGAGACUGCAAACAUACUACAGGAGAUGACCAGAGACUGCGGACAUAGUACAGGAGCUGACCAGAGACUGUGGACGUACUACAGGAGCUGACCAGAGAUUGCGGAUGUACUACAGGAGAUUACCAGAGACUGUGGACGUGCUACAGGAGAUGACCAGAGACUGCGGACGUGCUACAGGAGAUGACCAGAGACUGCAGACAGGAGAUGACCAGAGACUGCGGACAUAGUACAAG